GCACUCGCUAGCUUCCAUCCACUCUCCACCCGAAGACGUCUGCCUCUGCUUCGUUCCCGUCUUUCCUGUCGUCGGACUGCCUAGCCUCCAUUCAUCAAAUUCCAAAAUGGCAUCCACUUCUUCCUUCCUCCGUUCUCCGGCCUCCUUCCAGCCGGCCACCGGAGCCUGCGGCCACGUCCGCUGGGCCCAGCCGUUGGCACCCCCCAAACCGCACCGCUCGCCACACCCGCCGGCGGCCACGCCCGGGGUGCCGCGCAGGCUCCUCCUGCCGGCGGCCGCUGGCAUCUGGGACUUCCUCUCCGGCGGUGCGGCCGGUGCGGCCGGUGCAGCUGCCGCGCCCCUUGCCGUCCGGCGAGGUAUGCAGCUCUUCCAGCAGGGAGACGUGGCUGGGUCAGUGGCGGAGUUCGAUCGCGCGAUCGAGCUGGAUCCGCGGCAGAAAGCAUAUCUCUGGCAGAGGGGACUGUCGCUGUAUUACCUCGACAGGUUCGAGGAGGCCGCCGAGCAGUUCAGGCUGGACGUUGCUGCCAACCCCAAUGACACCGAGGAGUCGAUAUGGUGUUUCCUGUGUGAAGCUCAGCUGUAUGGGGUGGAGGAAGCAAGGAAGCGCUUCUUGGAGGUCGGUUUGGAUCGAAGACCUGUGAUGCGUGAAGCUUAUGCCUUGUUCAAAGAUGGUGGGGACCCUGAAAAGUUAGCUUCAAACUUUUCUACUAGUCCUGGUGGUGAACUCUUCUAUGCAUCAUUAUAUGCUGGACUUUACUAUGAAUCUCAGAAGGACGCAGACUUGGCAAAAUCGCAUAUUGUUGCUGCAUGCAAGACACCUUAUGGAUCAAGGUCUGGUGAUUACAUGGCUUCCCUUGCAGUGGUUCAUUGUCAGUGCCGCAACUGGACUCUGGAGGGAUAGGGAUCUAGAAACAAAAAUGAUCUUAAUCAUUGUCAUGGAUUACGUUGGAGCCAGCAAAUAGGCAGCAGCUUACAGAGAAGGCAUUCGGUGCUAAGGCUAUGCAUAUCAAAACCGAACCAAAACCGAAAAUUACCAAAUGGAGCCGAAAUUAUUGGUUA